GCGCACCCCGGGAACUUGCCCCCUCCGUAGCGUAGGAAAAUUACCUGGGGGGCGGGAAGUCGCUGAUACCCCCAAAUCCACUUGGCCUAGCGCCCGCACCCUCCACACCCCAGCUGCCAGACCCCUGGUGUCCUCCAGCAAUCACUCUCCAGGCGCACCUGGAGCCCACCCGUCCCGUGGCUACCUCUGCCCCUCCCCAGUAUCCGGCUCCUCCUGGAAGCCGCACCUUGGGCUCCGGGGGCGCGGGGCUCCCGGCCCCCAGCGCGGGGUCAGAGGCGGGGCGGGGCGCGCGGGGCCUUUAAGAGGCGCGGCAGCACCGACCGGGUUGACGCGGGCAGCUCCAGAACUCACCACCCGCAGCGCUCCGGCUCCUCUCUGUCGACCGCGCUGCAGCGAUGGAUGGAGAUGGUGAUCCAGAGAGUGUGAGCCACCCCGAAGAGACGAGCCCAGAGGAGCAGCCAGAGGAGGCGGGUGCCGAGGCGGGUGCAGAGGAGGAGCAGCCCCGGGAGGAGGAGGAGGAGGAAGAGGCGGAGGCGGCCGAGUACCUGGCCCAACUGCCUGAACCGCUGCUGCUGCGAGUGCUGGCCGAGCUGCCGGCCCUGGAGCUGGUGCAGGUCUGCCGCCUGGUGUGCCUGCGCUGGAAGGAGCUGGUGGAUGGCGCCCCACUGUGGCUGCUCAAGUGUCAGCAGGAGGGGCUGGUGCCUGAGGGCUGCGCCGGUGACGAGCGGGACCACUGGCAACAGUUCUACUUCCUAAGCAAGAGGAGGCGCAACCUGCUGCGUAACCCGUGCGGGGAAGAGGACUUGGAGGGCUGGUGCGACGUGGAGCACGGAGGGGACGGCUGGAGGGUGGAGGAACUGCCCGGAGACAGCGGGGUGGAAUUUACCCAAGAUGACAGCGUUAAGAAGUACUUCGCCUCCUCCUUCGAGUGGUGUCGCAAAGUGCAGGUCGUCGAUCUGCGGGCUGAGGGCUACUGGGAGGAGCUGCUGGACACCACGCAGCCCGCCAUCGUGGUGAAGGACUGGUACUCGGGCCGCACCGAUGCCGGUAGCCUGUACGAGCUCACCGUGAGGCUGUUGUCGGAGCACGAAGAUGUCCUCGCGGAGUUCAACACCGGGCAGGUGGCAGUGCCGGAGGAUGGCAGCUGGAUGGAGAUCUCCCACACCUUCACGGACUACGGGCCAGGCGUCCGCUUCGUCCGCUUCGAGCACGGAGGGCAGGACUCGGUCUACUGGAAGGGCUGGUUCGGGGCCCGGGUGACCAACAGUAGUGUGUGGGUGGAACCCUGAGCGACUCCCCUCCCCAGCCGCCCUCUAGGGGCAGAAGCCUGGGGUAGAAAGGCCUUAAUUUAGUUGGUAGCAUCCUCACCUGCCUCGUCCUCACCUUGCACCUGCCUCUCUCCCGCCCCUUCCUCCAGCCUGGUCCCUGCGGGGAGAGAAGGAUUUGUUGCUUUGUUGUGGGAUGGCUUCCAUUUGCAUCUCCACGGGCAGUCGCUUCUAGAAUGUACGAUCCGAGGGGGUUAUGGGGCUGCUGCUGGAUCCCGAGCACCUAGCAUUGUGCCUGCCUCAAAGUGGGCACUCAAUAAAUAUUUGUCCAAAGAA